AUGAAGCAGGCGGAGCGAUUAGGUAAAGCAUCACGUGAUCAAAGAGCUAAAGGACGUUCAAAAAGAUGCACGAAUAGUGUUUAUGCAUUGGAACGCGUUCAACAGCAACUACAUAAGCCCCUUGGAUUUUCUGCACGUCUAUACUCGUUAAAUCUCAGUAUCUCAGUCACAUCCUGUCUCUCUAAAUCAUGUCUGCACGAGUGGCCUCCGUACGCGGUGGCAAUCAGAACAAAUCUGUGCCUGCUGGCAUACCGAACCAAACGUCAGUCUCCCUGCCUUGGUCCUACCGCUAAUCGGAAUUGUCUGACAGAAAUCAGGCUAUACUGUACCAAUCUCCCAGACAAACUUCGGAAGUAUGACUUACGGUUAUCGCUCUAUACUCUUUUCUCCACCUACGGUACUGUCUUGGACGUCGUGGCCAUGAAAACUGAGAAGAUGCGCGGUCAAGCGCAUAUUGUGUUCAAGGAUGUCCAGGCUAGCACUCAAGCUAUGCGUGCGUUACAGGGCUUCGAAUUCUUCGGCAAAGAAAUGGUAAGUCAUUUUUUCUUCAACGGCCUCGCCACUGCUCUUAACACGGUGAAUUUUCAGAAAAUUGUCUAUGCCAAGGGCACAUCGGAUGUGAUCGCCAGGCUACGAGGGACCUACAACGUCCCCACAACUACUGCUACCCAAGCUACAGGUGCUUCCACAGAUCUCCAGAAAUCGAUCUUCAGUGGUCCGCCUGGAUCCACAGCACUGCCCCCGAAACCCGCGGGGCAGGUCAACGGCGAGGCCCAGGCAGCUCAUGGAACUAAGCGGCCUCGUGAGGAAGAAAGUGACGAGGAAGAGGCACCCAUGGACGAGGACAGUGACGUGCCAAUGGAAGCCUCAUCAGAUGAAGAUUAA